UUUCUGUUUCUCACACAAUUAUUUCUGGCUGCUAAUUCGAUCAAUGAUCUUAGCUGUUAUACCCAAAAUCCCACCACAUUUCCUUCACAUCUCUAUGGCUCUCGGCACAGUUUCCCUUCAAUCCCUCCAAACCAUUCUUAAGAACAGCGCCACUUCAUUCGAAUUUGCGCUAGUUUCGGCGCUCAAAUCCAUCUCGUCUUCCCCUUCAUUAAUCUCCCACGGCCAGCAACUGCAUUGCCUCGUACUAAAAUCAGGCCUCAAUUUCAAUGUCUUCAUACAAAACAGCUUGAUCAGCAUGUACUCCAAAACCGGGAUGUUUUCGUGCGCGACAUCAAUUUUCGAAAGCUCCCCGAAGCUGGACUAUGUCUCCUUCAACAUAAUACUAUCAUGGUACGUAAAAAAUGGCCGUUUGGGAGAUGCCUACAAAUUGUUUGAGAAAUUGCCGCUUAGAAAUUGCGUCUCCUAUACGACCAUGAUUAUGGGGUUUGCUCAGAAUGAGUGCUAUGGGGAUGCGAUUGCCCUUUUUAGGGAGAUGAGACUGUUGGGAGUGGGGCCGGGAGAUGUGACGAUGGCGAGUGUGCUAUCAUCUUAUGCGCGUGCUGAUGGAACUAGGAUGAAUGCAAUGCUUCUGCACGGCUUGGUGGCGAAGCUCGGUCUUGAUAUGCGUGUUAUUGUUUCGACUAAUUUAGUUCUUCUUUAUAGCGUUUCUUCGUCUCUUCAUGAUGCAAGAAUGAUAUUUGAUAACAUGGUGGAUAAGAAUGUGGUGUCGUGGAAUGUGAUGUUGAAUGGUUAUGUAAAAGGAGGACUGGUUGAUUUGGCUAGAGAUCUAUUUGAAGAGAUUCCGCGGAAGGAUGUCGUCUCUUGGGGCACAAUGAUUGAUGGAUAUCUGCAGACUGGGAGGUUGAGGGAGGCCUUGGCGCUCUAUUGUGAAAUGAGGCACACCGGUUCAAGACCUAAUGAAGUCAUGGUUGUUGACAUUGUCUCUGCUUGUGGACAGGCAACUAAAUUGAUCGAGGGUCGACAGUUUCAUGCUUUGGCAGUGAAGAUGGGGAUCUACUGCUAUGACUUCAUGCAGGCGACAUUGAUUCAUUUAUAUGUUGCCUGUCAGCAGGUCGAACUUGCUUAUUUGCAAUUUGAGGAAGGAACUAAGUAUCAUGUAGCUUGCUGGAAUGCCCUUAUUGCAGGGCUAAUGAGGAACGGCAUAGUAAAUGAAGCUGCACGUUUGUUCAGUAUAAUGCCAAAGCGAGAUGUUUUCUCUUGGAGCUCGAUGAUUUCUGGUUAUGCACAGAAUGGGAAGCAUAGUCUGGCCAUUGAAGUUUUUCAUGAAAUGAUUGGUAAAGGGUUUAAGCCAAACGAAAUCACGAUGGUGAGUGUUUUCUCUGCCAUCUCUGGCUUGAGCACACUGAAGGAUGGGAGAUGGGCUCAUGAGUUCAUCCAUUGCAACUCAAUACCAAUCAACGACAAAUUGAGUACAGCCAUCAUUGAUAUGUAUGCCAAAUGUGGGAGCAUUGAUUCCGCUCUAGAAGUAUUUGAUCAAAUCCGAGACAAAGCCAGAAAAGUUUGUCCUUGGAAUGCAAUCAUAUGUGGCUUGGCCAUGCACGGGAAAGCAGAGGCUUCAUUGAUGAUUUUUGCAGAUCUGCAGAGUCGAAAGAUAAAGCCCAAUUUGAUCACAUUCAUUGGAGUCUUGAGCGCUUGUUGUCAUGCUGGUUUGGUGGAAGCAGGGAAAAGCCAUUUUAGGAACAUGACAGCGACAUAUGGUUUAAAGCCUAACAUUAAGCAUUAUGGAUGUAUGGUGGAUCUGUUAGGCCGAGCUGGGAGGCUGAACGAAGCUGAAGACCUUGUGCAAACCAUGCCUAUGGAGGCGGACGCUAUCAUUUGGGGCACAUUGUUAGCAGCGUGUAAAAUGUACGAGAACACAGAUGUAGGAGAAAGAGCUGCUCGAAAUCUGGCAAGGGUGGAACCAUCACAUGGUCCGAGUAGAGUUCUGCUGUCUAACCUGUAUGCAGAUGCAGGCAGGUGGGACGAUGCUUUCCUGGUGAGGAGAGCAAUGCAAAACAAAAACCUUGCACGAUCACCGGGUUAUAGCAGUCCUGUACAAAGCUUUUAGCUGAUACACAAAAUUUCCAAAGUUAAAAACCAAAAGUUAUACCCACUAGUUCAGCUGCAGAGCCCAUGGCACCAACUUCACCAGCUCCCAGCUGAGAGCUCUUCCUCGUUCCACCACCUCAGACCUACUCAUCUUCAUCCUCUUCCUCUUCCUCUUCCUCUUCUGCGGUGCCUUCUUAAUCGUCUCCUGCUUCUCCUACCUCUUCCAGGUCUCUCUCUCAUCCUGCCCCCCUUCUCCACCGUAGCCGCACAUUUCCAGUUCCAUUUCGCCUCUAAUCCGCUGAUCAUCUUCAUGAUAUUCGUCGGCUUUGUUAUCUUCUUCGAGAUCUGAUGCGGGCACAGAUCGAGAACGUGCAAGAGGAUAGGGUGUAGAGGGCUGAAGAAAACGAUGAAGUUCGAUUUGCAGCUGCAGGGCAAGGAGCUGCUCCACUCUGGCGAUGGAAACAAGGCGGUGAGAGAUGUGAAUGAGCUGCCGUGGAAAGGGGGCAGCGACGAUAACGUUGAUUACGAGUGCCUAAGGGCGGAGCUAAGGAAGAUGGCGCCACCUAAUGGCCAUGCCGUGCUAAAUGUGGCUGCCCCGUUGCCAAUCUCGGAGUUAAAAUUUUCAUUUUUCAUUGUUCAUUUUGAUUGCAGGAUUGACGCAAUUUAGCAUGGUUUAGGGAUUUGCGAUCGAUUUUUUGAAUGUAGUCUUAUAGCAUGGUUGAAAUGCAAGUUAUGAAGAUA